AUGAAGGAUAGCCUCACGUUGGAAUAUAAAUACCCCCUUCUCUCCCUCUUUGACUCAUUCUUAUUCCAUACCUUUUGUCACAAUAGCAAGCAAAUCACAUCCUAUUCUACUUUGAUAUCAAGCAUAUACCAAAUACCGAACGCCCUACAAUUCCACUCCGUCACGAUGUCUGGCCAAGUCAUCGGUCGAGCCUACAACUAUGUCACUAAAAAGUUCAUGAACAUUGUGCUCGCAAGCCGUGGACCCGGAUGGGUACGCGCCGUGGACAUUGUCCCAGACACUUUGAAGGCCGAGAUGGCGAACAGAGUUAAGCAAGAGAGUGAAUCCGGAAAACUCUUUGGGCCUCAACAGCUGGGGGUUAUUGAUGAGAUCGAAAUUCAAGAAGUAUUCCAUCCCAGUCCUGAGGAUCCCGUCGAACAUAUUACCGUGAACGGAAAUGGAAACGGCGAACAUGUUACCAGGAAACACAUUGCUAGGGACCCCGCCAAACAGAAAUAA